UUACUCCAUUUUUUUUACAGAGAAAAACUAGACUGCUAGGAUAGAACUUAGAGUGGGAGAAAGAGAGAGAGUGAGUGAGGAACUACAUAAGGGUCUGUCUCUGGGUUCAGGGUUCAUUCAUUCAUCCAUCUUCAAGCUUUGGGGUUUGAUUUCAAUUACAAUGGGAGAGGAAGAGAAGAAGCCAGAGGAGAAGAAAGUGGAGGAGAAGAAAGUAGAAGAGGAAGUGAAGAAGCCAGAGGAGAAGAAAGUGGAGGAGAAGAAAGCAGAGGAGGAAGUAAAGAAACCUGCGGAGGAGGAGAAGAAAGAUGGGGGUGAAGAGAAGAAAACAGAGGAAACUAAAGAAGAAACACCACCUCCACCACCACCACCACCUGAAGAAACUAUACUGAGGGUGUUCAUGCAUUGUGAAGGGUGUGCUAAGAAAGUUAGGAAAUGUUUAAGAGGAUUUGAAGGUGUUGAAGAUGUGAAAACAGAUUGUAAAACACAUAUUGUUACUGUAAAAGGAAAGAAAGCAGCAGAGAAUCCAUUGAAGGUGUUAGAAAGAGUUCAAAGGAAAAGCCAUAGGAAAGUUGAGCUUCUUUCUCCAAUUCCUAAACCUCCUUCUGAAGAUGAUAAGAAAGUUGAAGAGAAGAAAGAAGAACCUAAACCUGUUGAAGAGAAAAAAGAAGAGGUAGUGAUUAUCGUUGUGAUUAAAGUUCACAUGCAUUGUGAAGCUUGUGCUCAAGAAAUCCGGAAACGUAUUCUCAGAAUGAAAGGAGUGGAAGAAGCAGUGCCGGAUCUGAAGAGCUCACAAGUAACAGUUAAAGGAGUAUUUGAUCCACCAAAGUUAAUCGAGUACAUCUACAAGAGAACAGGGAAACAUGCAGUAAUUGUAAAAACAGAACCAGAAAAGAAAGAGGAAGAGAAAAAAGAAGGUGAAGAAAAGAAAGAAGGAGAAGAGAAGAAAAAGGAAGAAGGAGAGGGAGAAAAGAAAGAAGGUGGUGGUGGUGAAGAAGAGAAGAAAAAAGAAGAUGGAGAAGAAGCAAAACCAGCUGAAGGAGCAGCAGCAGCAGAAGAAAAAACAGAGAAAAUUGAAUUGAUAAGGAAUGAGUUUUAUUAUUAUCCACCAAAAUACAACAUGGAAUAUGUCUAUCCACCACAAAUCUUCAGUGAUGAAAACCCUAAUGCCUGUUCUGUAAUGUAGUAAAUCAUGCAUGAUGAAUUUCAUUCCUGGUAGGUAUAAGAACAAUAUAGAAUUUUAUGAGUUUUUUUUUUUUUUUUUUUUUUCCUUCUUUUCCCUUUUUAUAUGUAGAAAAAUUAGUAUAAUAUGUAUGAGGAAGAAAAAAACAACUAGUAUCUUGUUGAGCUUUUUAUUUGUUUUUAGUCUUUGCAGGAAAAAUAAAUAAAAAGUAAGUGUAAUCUUGUAAGCUUUUUCUAAUGGAGUUUUAAGAUAGUAGUGAGCGACUGAUAAAGAUAUGUAGACUAGUCCUCCUCCUGUAAGUAGAAAAAAAAGAAGAGAGCUUUGAAGAACAUUUAAUGGUAAAAGAUCUUUUGAGCUGGGUUUUUCAUUGAUUA